GCAGAUCACAUGUCAAAAAGUUAAUAGCUAACAAAUUCAACAUUGCAGUGUUAUGCGUAGUCCGACAAAACUGAAAUAGUUGCACAAAUUGCUGGAGCUUUUCAAGCUUAGGUAAUACGUCUAAAAAGGACAUUGUUAUGUUUUUGCAUUCAUCAUCUUUAUUACUGGUGGAGCCUGAGACAGAGCUUGCAGGGGCACCCCCCCCCCUCAUCCCAGAAAGAGUGUUCCUGCUUCUGUUUUGGGUGUUAGGGGUGUUGAUCUGCUCCACUGUGUUACACAAUCAGGGACUGGACACAUCACCCCAGCAUCAUUAACAAAAGGUGUAACUUUAGAUUUCCUCAAGCCUGGAGCACCUGGACAAGGUCCCCAUCUCCACCUGUCUCAGCCCAGACUCAAACCCCUAUCGGACCUCCUAUCGUCCGGUGCUGAUGUCCAGCUCCACUGCCCCGGAGCCGCACUUAGUGCCUAUAGACCACGGCUGUUUAUUUACACGCCCUGCCAGACACUCAGCUAUAAAGUACCAGUUAGUGAGGGACUCAUAUGCUGUGCGUCUCUGUAUCGUGGUUGAUAAUCGGAGCCGCUCAAAGGGCUAAAACCCCGCAGGGUGACAGUGCCCCCGCUUCCCGAUCUGUACUUUUAUUUGCUGUACAGUUGGGUAAUAAAUUACGACAGAGCCGUAUGCAAUCAUGCAGGAUUGCAGUCACGGAGCGGACGAAGUGGGAAGUUUCUCUUGACCGAUAAUCUGUGUUUGUUCUGUGAAUUAUUCUGUCUUACGCAAGCUAGGGCACACUGUAGUCAUCAGGCGGCAAAACGGUGGGGGCUUUAUCGUAAAUGCAGUUUGAUAAAUGCAGAAUUUUACAGCUGGGCCAUAAAGACACUCACAUGCACAGAAGCAAACACUGCCGCAUUGUCCCUUUGGUAUAAAGGCUAUUAAGGCCCAGGAAGCGAGGCAGUCUGAUCCCACUGCAUGCUGGCGCGCUCUACAUCCAGCAAGAUGGGGAAGAGAAAGUUCUCAGGGCUUGAGGUGACCCUGAUCGUCAUGUUCCUCCUGGUCGCAGUGGUGGCAAUCGCCCUGGUGGUGGUGCUGGCCACAGGAGAGCCAGCCGUGAUCACCAGCGAGGACGAGGUGCCCAAUUUCGAACCGGAAUGUCCUAAUAUCGUCCUGGGCGAGAGAGUGGACUGCUUCCCGGAAUCUGGAGCGUCAAUGUACACGUGCGCGCAGCGGGGCUGCUGUUGGCAGCCUCUGGACGACAGCAAUGCACCCUGGUGUUUCUUCCCAGCCAACCAGGGCUACGAGGUGACCAGCGAGAAGAAACCCGACAACUACAAACGUGACACGGUUCUGAAGAGACUUGCGGCCCCGCCCAUGUUCCCGGGCCACAUCGAGGAGCUCGUCUGUCACGAGGAAAUGCAGACACCAAACCGAUUCAGGUUCAAGAUCACCGACACCAAGAAGCAAAGGUUCGAGGUGCGCCAUGAGCACGUGAAGCCGCCCUCCAGUCCACCAGGUGGCGCCCUGAAGUAUGAGGUGGAGCUGGUCAGGAAGCCCUUCGGCCUGAAGCUGCGUCGGGCCGAUACCAAGAGAAUCCUGUUCGACACCACCAUGGGCCCCCUGGUGUUUGCUGACCAGUACCUCCAGCUCUCCGCCCGGCUUCCUUCACACAAUAUCUAUGGACUCGGGGAGCACGUCCAUCAGAGCUUCAGGCACGACACCAACUGGAAGACCUGGCCCAUAUUCACCCGGGACUCCUUCCCCAACGGGGGGACCCACAACCUGUAUGGACAUUAUCCCUUCUUCCUGUGUUUGGAGGACGAGAGCGGCCAGUCGUUUGGGGUUUUCCUCAUGAACAGCAACGCGAUGGAGAUCACUCUGCAGCCUGCCCCCGCCGUCACGUACCGGACAGUCGGAGGUGUCCUGGACUUCUACAUCCUGCUCGGGAACAGCCCUGAGGCAGUGGUCCAGGAGUUCCUGGAGCUCAUCGGCCGGCCCAUGAUCCCGCCCUACUGGUCUCUGGGAUUCCAGCUGUCUCGCUGGGGCUACAGCAGCCUGGACGAUGUCAAGCAGACAGUGGAGAGGAACCGAGCCAUUGGGCUUCCAUAUGACGUACAGUUCACAGACAUCGACUACAUGGAGGAGAAGAAGGACUUCACAUAUGACUUAGUGAAAUUUAAGGACCUCCCGCAGUUCGCUGAUUAUUUGCAUGCUGCCGGUCAGAAGUAUGUGCUGAUCCUGGACCCAGCCAUCGCCAUCAGUCCCAGAGUGAACGGGCCAUAUGCAUCCUACGAUCGCGGGAAUCAGAAGAAAGUCUGGGUGACAGAGGCCGAUGGUGAAACACCCUUGGAGGGGGAGGUCUGGCCGGGACAAACUGUUUUCCCCGACUACACGAAGCCGGCUUGCAAAGAAUGGUGGACUGAUGAGAUACAGAGGUUCUACCAAGAAGUGAAGCAUGACGCGCUCUGGAUUGAUAUGAACGAGGUUUCCAACUUCCGGAAAGGUUCCAUCAAAGGAUGCACUGUCAAUACCUUAAACUACCCACCCUUCACGCCAAAUAUCCUGGAUAAGCUCAUGUACAGCAAGACCCUAUGCAUGGACGCAAGGCAGGCCUGGGGCAGCCACUACGACGUGCACAGCCUGUACGGAUACUCCAUGGUCCUCGCCACUGAUGAGGCGAUGAAGCAAGUGUUUAAGAGCAACAGGAGUCUGGUGUUCACCCGCUCCUCUUUCCCUGGGACGGGCAAGUUCUCGGGACACUGGCUGGGAGACAACGCCGCCACGUGGAACGACCUGAAGUGGGCCAUCACCGGAAUGCUGGAGUUUAAUCUCUUCGGGAUACCUUACAUUGGUGCCGAUAUCUGUGGUUUCUUCGACAAUACCACAGAGGAGCUGUGUCGUCGCUGGAUGCAGGUGGGGGCGUUCUACACCUUCAGCCGAAACCACAAUGCUGAGAACUACCAGCCUCAGGACCCGGCCUGGUUUGGUGCCGACUCCUUGCUGGUGAGGAGCUCCAAGCACUACCUGAACAUCCGCUACACGCUGCUGCCCUUCCUCUACACGCUCUUCUACCAUGCCCACAUCACCGGUGAUACCGUCAUACGCCCUGUGAUGCACGAGUUCUACUCAGAUAACAUCACCUGGACUGUGGACCGGCAGUUCCUGUGGGGGUCUGACUUGCUCAUCACCCCAGUUUUGGACCCUGGUGUGGAAACAGUCAGGGCCUACAUCCCAGAUGCUGUGUGGUACGACUAUGACACGGAGGAGAGGUUUCCCUUCCGCAAGCAGCAUAUGGACAUGAUCCUCCCGGCGGAUAAACUGGGCCUGCAUAUUCGAGGGGGAGCCAUUUUACCAACACAGAGGCCUGCAGUGAGCACCGUCUACAGUCGCCGGAACCCCAUGGGUCUCCUCAUUGCCCUGGACGACGGCAUGCAGGCCUCUGGGCAACUCUUCUGGGAUGACGGGGAUUCCAGAGAUACUGUGGAAUCUGGAGCCUAUAUUCACUAUCAGUUCUCAUUGGCUAAUGAUGUGUUGACCAUGACGGUCCUACGGAAUGGAUACACUGAUCCCAACAACCUGAAGUUUGAGGACAUCACUAUCUUGGGGGUGACAAAGAGUCCCGGUGCCGUGGAGGUGACCCACGGGGAAACGACCAACAAAGUGCCAGCUGAGAACGUUCGUUAUGAUGCUGCCAAGAGUGUGCUGUACAUGAAGAACCUCACUCUGGAGCUGGGACAAAACUACACAGUGAAGUGGAGCACACUCCCUCUGGUGGAGAGGUUCGACUGCCACCCUGAUGACAGUUCCAACGAGGAAAACUGUAAGGCCAGGGGCUGCAUCUGGGAGCCAACCAACACUACUCGCGUUCCUUGGUGCUUCUACCCCGCGGACUACGGCUACGCUGUGCUCAAAGUUGAGAACAUCACCACUGGCUUGAGGGUGGACAUCCAACGUGACCCCAAGCUGCAAAGCCGACAACCAGGAUCCCCUGACAUUGACAAACUUAGAGUGGACAUUAACUACCUGAGUGGUACCAUGCUGCAAUUUAAGAUCUAUGACCCUGUUACGAAACGCUUUGAGGUGCCUGUCCCACUCGACAUACCACCCACACCUGAGAUGGAUGCCAACAAGAGACUGUAUGAAGUGAGCGUGGCACAGCAACCCUUUGGGAUCAAGGUCACCCGGAAGAGCACGGGGACUGUGAUAUGGGACUCCAGUCUCCCUGGAUUCACCUUCUCUGAGCUCUUCAUUCAGAUCUCCACACGCCUUCCGUCCAAAUAUAUCUAUGGCUUUGGAGAGACCGAGCACACCAGCUAUCUUCAUGACCUCAACUGGAACACUUGGGGCAUGUUCUCCAAAGAUCAGCCGCCGGGGUACAAGGUGAACUCCUAUGGUGUACACCCAUUCUACAUGGGAUUGGAGAACACAAGCCACGCACAUGGGGUUCUCCUGCUCAACAGCAAUGCUAUGGACGUGACCCUUCAGCCGACGCCCGCGCUAACGUACCGCACCAUUGGUGGCAUCCUGGACUUCUUCAUGGUCUUCGGUCCUAGACCGGAGAUGGUGGUGCAGCAGUACACAGCAUUGAUUGGCCGUCCAGUUCUGCCAGCCUAUUGGUCACUUGGAUUCCAGCUCUGUCGCUAUGGAUACGAAAAUACCACUGAGAUUGAGAACCUAUACAAUGAGAUGCGGGAUGCUCGCAUUCCCUACGAUGUCCAGUAUGCAGAUAUUGACUACAUGGAGAGGCAAAUGGACUUCACCCUGAGUGAAGACUUCAAGGAUCUACCUGCUCUCGUGGACCGCAUGAGAAAAGAUGGCAUGAGGUUCAUCCCUAUCCUGGACCCUGCCAUUGCGGGUAACGAGACGGACUACACCUCCUUCACCAGUGGAGUAAAGGAAAACGUUUUCAUCAAAUGGCCUGAUAGUGACGAGAUCAUGUGGGGAAAGGUGUGGCCUGACCUCCCCGGUGUCAUAGUUAAUGAGUCUUUGGAUUGGGAUACUCAAGUGGAGAUAUACAGGGCCUACACCGCCUUCCCAGACUUCUUCCGCAGCCAAACAAUCGAAUGGUGGUACAGAGAGAUCAAUGAUUACUACAACAAUACCUUGAAGUUCGACGGCUUGUGGAUCGACAUGAAUGAGCCAGUGAGCUUCGUCCAUGGGACAGUGGGUGGAAAAUGUCCAGGACCUGCGAUCUACGACAAUCCGCCCUACAUGCCAGCCCUGGAGUCGAAACACAUGGGUCUCAACCACAAGACCUUGUGCAUGAACAGUAUGCAGUAUCUGCCUGAUGGCACACCUGUCAAACAUUAUGACGUUCACAGUCUCUAUGGAUGGUCCCAGGCAAAACCCACUUAUGAUGCCUUGUUGAACAUCACGAAAAAGAGAGGAGUGGUGAUUUCCCGGUCCACGUAUCCCUCCAGUGGGAAAUGGGUGGGCCACUGGUUAGGAGACAACACCGCUAGCUGGGACCAGCUCUACAAAUCAGUCAUUGGCAUGAUGGAGUUCAGUUUAUUUGGCAUCUCAUAUACUGGAGCAGACAUCUGCGGCUUCUUCAAGGAAGCCGAAUAUGAGAUGUGUCUCCGCUGGAUGGAGCUGGGUGCUUUCUACCCAUACUCUCGCAACCACAACGGCAAGGGCAACCGAAGGCAGGACCCAGUGGCUUGGAAUUCCAGCUUUACCAAUUCCUCACGUCGCAUCCUGACGAUCCGCUACACGCUUCUGCCCUAUCUGUACACGCUCAUGUUCGAGGCUCACAGCCAGGGCAGCACGGUCAUCCGGCCCCUACUACACGAGUUUGUGGAAGAGAGGACUACCUGGAGCAUCGACAGACAGUUCCUGUGGGGCCCCGCACUGCUGAUCACCCCCGUCAUGGAUCCGGGUGUCACUGAAGUUACCGGCUACAUACCAGAUGCACGUUGGUAUGACUUUUACACGGCGAAGUACAUCGAGGACCGACGCAAGUAUGUGACCUUGCAAGCCCCAAAUGACCACAUCAACCUCCAUGUGCGGGGCGGCUACAUCCUUCCCUGGCAGGAUGCAGCGAUGAACACCCAGCUAAGCCGCCAAAACCCCCUGGGACUCAUCGUCGCUCUGGACGACAACGGAUCCGCUGAGGGAUCGUUCUUCUGGGAUGAUGGGGAGGGCAUCGACACCUACAAAGAAGGAAAGUACCUGCUGACGAAUUUCACUGCCAGCCAGAAAAAGCUGAAGAACAACAUAAUACACAAAGACCUGGCUGACGUGGACCGGCUGCAUCUGGACACGCUGAGGGUGUGGGGAGCCGGAACCAACCCGGUUACGGGGGUCACCGUCCAGCGUGGUGAGGGGCUACCUGAAGACCUGCCCAACACAAGCUUCAGCUAUGAUGUGGAUGUACAGGAACUCAAGAUCGAUAUAAAAGACAGAUCUAUCUUUGUGGAUGAAAACAUUACCAUCACAUGGAGGACGGGUAUUUAACCGGAACCCCAUGCAGGCGAGCCGCAUGCAUCAUACAGAAGAAAACUAAAUGUUCAGAAAGUGCUCAGAGAUGUUCAGAGAUGUUCUACAUGACAGAUUAAUGAAUGGCGGCCAUUUCGCUGAGGAUAUUUUGUAUAUGUGAUAUGGUCAGUUUGAUGAAAACAUUACGUUGGAGUAUUUGUAUCUGUUGCAUGUUUUAAUGAUAUAUUAAUAUUGAACUAAACAAUAAUAAACCAGGACCAUUGUUUUCCAGUCCCACGACAAAGAUUUGGACAUGAA